AUGCAUCCACUUCUCCGACGUCCCCUCCUUCACAUAUUUCUCCCCCUCUCCGCUCUCCUCUUCCUCCUAACAACUUCCUACCACCUCAGAACAGAUCGUCUCUCAGGAUUCAUAUCCCACCCCGCACAAACAGACCAGGGCCAGCCCGUCUGUCCUGAUCCAAGAAAUGACCAUCAACUCAUAUGGCCACCAGGACCAAACAGAGAUUCCCAGCGAUAUCUCCUCAUCGCCACUUUCUCUAUCGCCCCCACACCCCAUCUCCGUCCAGUCCCCGUCCUCCCCACACCAUGCCUCGACCCAUGGUUUGCACACGGCCUGCCUUGUCAUCUCCCUCUGCCACCGCUUACAGCAGAUCUAAUAUGGACAUGGGUCAACGGCACUGACCCCUUGCAACUCGAGGCUUCUCUCGCUGCUUCCCUCGCCUCGGGCGUAACACCCGCAAAGGGAAAGACGUCCGCUUCUUCAAAACAAUACCGAGAGAACGGCGAGCUGAGGUACAGUCUCCGCAGCGCAGUCGCCAACCUCGGCACAUGGAUUAACAAGGCCUACCUCCUCGUGGGCGACUACAACCUCACUUCAUGCGCUCAGCCAACAAUGCGAGAUGAGAACGGGACGACCCACAUCCUCCCAGUAGAACCGUCCCGUCUCGCCCAAUUGCCACAGUGGCUUAAGCCUGCCGAUGGAGCGACAUGGGCCGACGGAAAGCUGCGAUUGGAGGCCGUCGCGCAUUGGCAGACGGGCGUCCGCACCCAGGUCUUCAACAGCUUUGCGAUCGAAGGCGGCCUGGCCCAGCUCCCUGGGUUGGAAGAGUACUUUAUCUACCUGAACGACGACUAUUUCCUCCUCCGACCCCUGCCUCGCUCCGCAUUCUUCACCCCCUCCUACGGCCUCGUCUUCCGCUUCCAACCCGACCUGCUAGUACGAGGCAGCUCCACACCUCAUUCCUCUUCCACAGGCGAAUGGGCCGCACUGGAAUACAGCAACUACCUGCUCAACGCCCGCUUCGGCCCCCGUGAUAGGCCCUACGUCGUCCAUGUCGCCAAGGCAAUGUCGCGCCCCCUGGUGGAGGAACUCGAGCUGGCCUGGGAGACCGAGUUCCGGGAAACGAGAGAGCAUGUUUUUAGGAGCAAUAGAGAUGCCUACCUCGGAUUCCUCUUUCCGCAUUACACGAUCGAGCGGCACCGGGAAGCGCUGUUGUGGAGCUUUGUUGUUGCCCGGCUUGGGGGAAGGGGGGACGAGUGGGGCGAGGAGCAGAUGGAGGCUGCUUGGCGUAGGUUGGGCGGAGGCGAGGCAGAGGAGUAUUAUGCCGACUUGGACGUUUGGAGGUUGCCGAGGAGCACGCUGGAGCCGGCGAGGGUGCGCACGGUAGUGGGGGAGGACCUGAGGGGCACUGUGUACAAAUUUUCAUCACACGACGGUUACCCGUACACAGCACCAAUGUACGUCUCCAAAUCCUUCCCUUCCUUCCCCCUGCCCAACAGUCCCCCCGCGUUAACCAAAGCCUGCACAUUCGAGUUCGAGCUCUGCCUCGGGACGGAAGGUGAGUCAAGCACCCACGCAAGCGCCGUCUUCAAGCGCAUCGCGUUCGAGAUCCCACGGUGUGGGGACUGCCUUAUCACUGCCCUGGUGGGGCAGAGCGGUGAGCUCGGGCUGAGCGCCUUCCUCCCUCCGCCUGACGCGCAAGAGGAGCUGUCCCCGGAAGUUGUACCUGUUUUGCCCCUCUCCUCAAGCUGGGAAGAACCGUCCUUUGCCCUCUCCUCCGUGCUUCCCCCUCACACCAGCCUACGCGCCUUUGUCAUCUCUCUCCUCUCCCGGUACACGUACACCCUCGCCUCCACCCCAGUCAAGUUCGCCUCCCUCCGCACUCCUCUUUCCACUCGACAGGUACUGGCCCAGAUCGAUAAGGAGAACGACCUCGAGAUGGUUUGCUUAAACGAUGAUAUCACGACGCGAGAAGCGGAGGUGAGGACGUUGGCGGGAGAGUGGAUGGAGCGCCGAUGGGCGAGGAAAGCAGGCUGGGAAGAAGGCGGGUGGUGGUAG